GUCUGGAGAAAGUGGAACAUUAGUCGGUAAAAAGGCAUUUAAAUAGGAACGAUCGGAUGAUUCUCAGAAAAAAAGUGAUAUUAAUGGUGGUGAGCUGUGAGAGUAACCGUGGGCUGUAGUUCUUUUGUCCCUCCACCCGAACGGAGCUUGUUAGACAAGACUGUCCGGAACUGUACUGGUGUUGAGAAAAUAAUGGGAGAUUUUCUUGGUCACGCGGUUCCUGGAGCUAUGCUUUUGUUAUUAUCGAUCUGGUGGUUCAUGGGCCCGCUUCUUCAAGCCCGCAACAAUUCAAAAACUCUGUCGUCCAGGCGCGGAUUGCUUCGGUCGCCCGGUUCUUCAUAUGUUCGAUUGAAAUCAGAAUCGUCCGUGUGGUACCCCUGUCCUGGGCGAUGUUUGUCUAGAAUCCCGGUAGAACCUAUCAUCAAAGUCCUGUCGGGCAUCGUGGGCGUUGUUGGAGAACUGUUUCUCGACGGCUCGUGGAUCUUGAUCGACGAGAACGGAGAAUUCGUUGACGAACAUAUUAAUAAUCAUAGUCACACAGUUAUGUACUGUUUCUUUAGUCUUUCUGGUAUAAUAGAUCUUGUCCUAUGGCAUGGUAAAACGCCUUUACCACCAAGGAUCGAUUACAUUAUCCUGUCUACAUGCUUUUGGAUCGAGGGUUUCUUGUUUUAUUUCCAUCUUCAAGGACAUUCAAAAAUCAGUAUGCGUUUGCACAUCAUUCUUUACAUUUUAAUUUUCAUAACUGCUUCAGUAGUUUUAGUGGAGUCAUUUUUAAGGCGACAUCAAUUACUUUUUAGCUUAAUAAGGGCUAUUUUAACAGGAGUCCAAGGCAGUUGGUUCUUCCAGAUCGCCUUCGUUCUCUACGGACCGAACGCAUGGGAGAAUAGUCCUCGCAAUGUAGAAUUUUUGUCGAUUGCUUUCGGCUGGCAUUUGUUUAUUUAUGUAUGCGUGGCGCUUGUUCUCUUCGUCGCAUGUCAUCUUUGUUGUGGGAAAAUUGACCCUCAUCAUGACGAUCGUCAAGAACAGCUGCGAGAUGUACUACUCUCGGAUGAGGAGGAAGAAAGUUUUCCUUUAGAAUCACAGAGACAAUACAAUAAUUCACCAGCAGAAUCAUAGUGCACUUGUUUAUUUGCAUAAACAGUAUCUAUGCCAGCUACUUGCCCAUAGGCACAAAAAGAUAGCUAUCAAUGGUAACACCAGGUGUUCUGUAAAUAGUCCACCGAACAAUCCCGCUACAACUAGCUCGAGUAAUUUUCAGACUGAAAACGUUCAACACACACUCGCGUAGCGCGAGUAAAAACUCGAUACACAGUUAAUGACUACAUGCACGCACACAACCAUUGCCGAGUUGCGGUUUAAUGAGACCACCCUUCGUCAACAAAAAUAACUGUUGAAGCAAAAUGGAAUAUAUUACCCAUUCAUAAGGUCAUAUCAGUGAGAAUUUUUCCGCUCUACGAAGCCGCAGAUAAAUUUAUGACCAUAAUUACAAUCUGUAACGCUAUAAAACAACUUAGAAAAAGACU